GGGAAGUUCUUCUCUGCAGUUGACCCAUCCCCUUGGAGAGCGGUUAACUGCAGCCGAACCGCGCUCGCGAGGCGGUAGCGUUAAGGGUCUUGCCUAAGGACCCUCACCGGGGUGAAGGUGGAAGGUGUGUGUGAGCUGAUGUGGAUCCAGUGAAUCCAGCAGCAUGGAUCAGUGGGAGGACAUAAAGGAGGGAGCCCCUCCCUUUAAAAGCAGAGAUGGUAACCAUGACAACCAGAGCAAAACUCAGAGGAACCAACCUGGACCUGGAUCUGAAUCCAGCUGGGGGUCCAACAGGAGUGACAUGUCAAAGGUUUCUAAUCCUGGCUUUAAAGACAUCCAUUCGGGAGUGGAACAAGGUCAACAGGUCACACAGAGAGUCCAGUCUGCAGCCUCCAACUGUGGCUCUUUGAAGAGUGACCGGUUCAAAGGUCAUCCUCCAGCCUUCAGAAGACGAAAACAAAGACCUUCAGACUCACAGAUCCAUCAGAGACUCAGAACUGGAUCUGGAUCUGAACCCAGCUGUGUGUCCUUCAGGAGUGACCGGUCAAUGGGUCAUUCUAUCAACUUUAAAUCAUCAUCUUCAGAUGCAGAGAGACUGGACCAGCAGAGCUCAGAGACUCCCAGUGGUCCGUCUGUCCAGCAGCAUCAAACACAGCUGGACUCCAUCUUUCUGCUGCUGGAGGACAACAUUGUCACCUUUGUGAAGAAGGAGCUGAAGAAAAUCCAGAAGCUUCUGAGUCAGAGGAAGGAUGAGGAGGAGCUGGAGGAUGAAGAUGAAGAGCAGAGGAGCAGUAGAGAGUCACUGAUGAAGAUCACAGUGAACUUCUUGAGGAGAAUGAAGCAGGAGCAGCUGGCUGAUGGUCUGCAGAGCAGAUCUUCUGCUGCAGUUUGUCGGCAUGAAGUCCAAUCUGGCCUGAAGAAGAAGUUCCAGUGUUUGUUUGAGGGGAUGGCUAAAGCAGGAAGCCCAACCCUUCUGAAUGAGAUCUACACAGAGCUCUUCAUCACAGAGGGAGGAAGAGGAGAGCUGAAUGAAGAACAUGAGGUCAGACAGAUUGAAGCAGCUUCCAGGAAAGCAGACAGAGCAGAAACAAGCAUCAGACAAGAAGAGCUCUUCCAACUCCCAGCUGGAAGACAAGAACCAAUCAGAACCGUGAUGACUAAGGGAGUGGCUGGCAUCGGGAAAACAGUCUUAACACAGAAGUUCACUCUGGACUGGGCUGAAGGCAAAGCCCACCAGAACCUCCACUUCAUAUUUCCAUUCACUUUCAGAGAGCUGAAUGUGCUGAAAGAGGAGAAGUUCAGCUUGGUGGAACUUGUUCAUCACUUCUUCCCUGAAACCAAACAAGCAGGAAUCUGCAGCUUCAAACAUUUCCAGGUCCUCUUCAUCUUUGAUGGUCUGGAUGAGUGUCGACUUCCUCUGGACUUCCACAAGACUCGGAUCCUAAAUGACCCUAGAAAGUCCACCUCAGUGGCUAAUUUGCUGACAAACCUCAUCAGGGGGAACCUGCUUCCCUCUGCUCUCCUUUGGAUAACCACACGACCUGCAGCAGCCAAUCAGAUCCCUGCUGUGUCUGUUGACAUGGUGACAGAGGUCAGAGGGUUCAAUGAUCCACAGAAAGAGGAGUACUUCAGGAAAAGAUUCAGAGAUAAAGAGCAGGCCACCAGGAUCAUCUCCCACAUCAAGAGAUCCAGAAGCCUCCACAUCAUGUGCCACAUCCCAGUCUUCUGCUGGAUCACUGCUACAGUUCUGGAGGAUCUGCUGAAGAGCAAAGAGGGAGGAAAGCUGCCCAAGAGCCUGACUGAGAUGUACAUCCACUUCCUGGUGGUUCAGGCCAAAGUCAAGAAGGUCAAGUAUGAUGGAGGAGCUGAGACAGAUCCUCACUGGAGUCCAGAGAGCAGGAAGAUGAUGGAGUCUCUGGGAAAACUGGCUUUUGAGCAGCUGCAGAAAGGAAACCUGAUCUUCUAUGAAUCCGACCUGACAGAGUGUGGCAUCGAUAUCAGAGCAGCCUCAGUGUACUCAGGAGUGUUCACACAGAUCUUUAGAGAGGAGAGAGGUCUGUACCAGGACAUGGUAUUCUGCUUCAUCCAUCUGAGUGUUCAGGAGUUUCUGGCUGCUCUUCAUGUCCACCUGACCUUCAUCACCUCUGGAGUCAACCUCAUGGAGGAAGAACAGAAGAAAAAAUCCAAAGUCCUUAAACUUAAACCAAGCGGUCCAGUCCAGUUCUACCAGAGUGCUGUGAAUAAGGCCUUACUGAGUCCAAACGGACACCUGGACUUGUUCCUCCGCUUCCUCCUGGGUCUUUUACUGCGGACCAAUCAGAGGCUCCUACAAGAUAUGCUGAUUCAAACAGGAAGUAGCUCACAGACCAAUCAGGAAACAGUCCAGUUCAUCAAGAAGAAGAUCAGUGAGGAUCUGCCUACAGAGAAAAGCAUCAACCUGUUCCACUGUCUGAAUGAACUGAAUGAUGGUUCUCUAGUGGAGGAGAUCCAACAGUCCCUGAGGUCAGGACGUCUCUCCACAGAUAAACUGUCUCCUGCUCAGUGGUCUGCUCUGGUCUUUAUCUUACUGUCAUCAGAAGAAGAUCUGGAAGAGUUUGACCUGAAGAAAUACUCUGCUUCAGAGGAGACUCUUCUGAAGCUGCUGCCAGUGAUCAAAGCCUCCAACAAAGCUCUACUGAGUCGCUGUAAUCUGUCAGAGAGAAGCUGCAUAGCUCUGUCCUCAGUUCUCAGGUCUCAGUCCUCCAGACUUGGAGAUCUGGACCUGAGUUACAACAACCUGCAGGAUUCAGGAGUGAAGCUGCUGUCAGGUGGACUAAAGAGUCCAGACUGUAAACUGGAGACUCUCAGGUUGAAGGACUGCAGUUUGUCAGAGAUCAGCUGUAAAUCUCUGGUCUCAGCUCUGAAGGAAAACCCAUCCAACCUGACAGAACUGGACCUGAGCUACAACAAUCUGCAGGAUUCAGGAGUUCUUCAUCUGUGUGGUUUUCUGGAGAGUCCAGACUGCAGACUACAGACUCUGAGACUCCUUUAAAGCGCGUGCAGGAGAAGCAGCCGUGCACGCUCACAUGCACUCUGAGUCCUGCUGUGUUUCAGCAGAUGCAGCUGAGAGUCCAGCGGCUGAUGUUUGUGAGCAGACAGUGACAGAGUCAUGCUGCAGCUGGAUGCUGCUCUGACAGACACAUCCUCCACAAACAUCCUCACCUUUUCAUCCACAAACAUCAUCACAUCAUCCAUCAAAGCUCCCAGCAGCUUCUGACUCUUCAUUCAGAGCUGAAGUCAUGGAUCAGGGAUCAAUGUCCAACAUUUGCUGCUGACUCUUCCUCAUCACUUCCUUCUUCUCUCUGCUUUGAUCUGUUGGAGCUGAAAGUCUCUGCUUGAAGGGCUGCAGCAGAGAAGGACUGGAAGAUCAUCUCCUGAAAACUGGGAGGAAGACUUUCCAGCAUCAUGCUGUGGCAUUGCCAGAUAUGUAAAUAUUGGCUGUUGUGGGCGGACGAAGAAGAAUAUACAUUCAAACAAAGAUGGCGGAGCGGAAAAACAAUGAGAAGCUAGAGCAGCAACUUAAAAGAUGCGCCGGCAGCAUGGAAGCUGCAUCACCCGGAGUUGUGUGAGAAAGCCGUGGCUGCUGCUGCCCUGAAGCCGACACAGCCCGGCGCGGAUACCUUUUUCCAGACGAAGCUACCGCCGUCUUCUGCGAGACAGAGCAGCGGCAAUAUAACAAACGGUAAACGGUCCGUCCCUGCAGUGCGGUGGAGAACGAGGGAUUUGGGUUUUUAUUGAAUACAGCAGAGCCACGCUUUGACAUUCCCUCUCAGAAAUACUGAAAAAAGGAACCCUGCACUGUACGCCCAGACCAGAGCUAUGGUUGAGAUUGAAACGGAAGAAAGAGAGGCAUCCCUGCCAUUAGACCCCUCUUCUCCUCUAAGCAGCGGUAGACGAGCGGCUACUUGACGCUAAAAAGCCUGAGUUUCUCCAGAAAACAUGAACAUUUAAACAUACAUCGCAUGCAGCUUUUCCCCAAAUGUCUUGUUUACAAAGAUGUUUACUUUUGGAUGCACUUUAAGUUCAUAUGUAUUUUAUCCCUGGUCAUUUAUUUUGAAAGCAGUUAAUGUCUUAAAUAACUCUAAGGAAGGUUCAUAGCUACUUGAUUUUAUUUUUCUGUGAGAAUUAUAUUUUUGUUUUACACCACAUUUGCACUAAAUGGUGUCAUUUAUUUUUAACAAAGACACUAUCAUUUGUUCACAGAAUUAAUAUCUGAUUCACAGCUAUUUGUUUAAAUUAAGCAACAGCUAUGCGUUUGUUUUUCAAAAGUUAAUACCAAGGUGCAGAUACUUGACUUAUUCAUUUUUUAUCCUUUUUACAGCAAUUUUGUACCAAAUAAUGGCACUGCAGUUCAUGUUCACUAUUGUUUAAACCAAAUUUUACAGAUAUUUCCAAAUGAAAAUUGUCAUUGUUUGUCAAAGACAGAGUAUUACUGAUUUCAGCAAUGUUACACAAAAGUCUGUUAUUCAUUAC